UCGUCGUAAAGAUCAUCCAUGGUGGUGUGGGGAAGGUGGUUGACCAGCCAGAAAUUGUCACCCGUGGUGAAAGCGGCGCGUCGCUUUUUUCCUGCCGGAGCUGAAGUCAGCGCACCGCCGCACCGAGAGGUCCGAGCUUGGCAUGCGUUGUUUGUCACGGCCCCGCCGCUCCUUUAACUAGUUAAUUAUGCCGCUUAAAAAGUAGGGAGGGGCCUUCCCAUCUCAUCUCAUCUCAUCUCAUCUCUAGCUUUAUUCAAGCCUUCCGACAAGCCCACAUCCCACCAUGUCUUCUCUUCCUCCUGUCUACAUUGUUUCGACUGCCCGGACCCCUGUGGGAUCCUUCCUGGGGUUAGUGCCCCUAAGUACCUCUCCGAUAAACUAAAAAAACAUAAGCUAAUGUCCUUUCGCAGCUCUCUUUCGAGUUUGACUGCCCCGCAACUUGGUGCCCAUGCGAUCAAGUGUAUGGCAAGCUGGUUUAGCACCCCCUGCCUUUUUCGAUAUGCUAACUCCGCUCUGAAUUAGCCGCUCUUAGCAGAGCUGAAGGAGUCAGCCCCUCAGAUGUUCAGGAAGUCUUCUUUGGCAAUGUUCUUUCCGCAAAUGUUGGUCAGAACCCUGCCAGACAAUGCGCUCUUGGUGCCGGACUUGAGGAAUCCACUGUGUGUACCACCGUCAACAAGGUGUGCGCAUCUGGCCUGAAGGCUGUCAUCCUUGGUGCACAGACUAUCAUGACCGGAAACGCCGAUGUUGUCGUGGCCGGCGGUGCUGAGUCCAUGUCCAAUGCUCCUCACUACCUCCCCAACCUUCGUUCGGGUGCGAAAUAUGGUCACCAAAGUCUGGUGGACGGGAUUAUGAAAGAUGGCUUGACGGAUGCAGGCAAACAGGAGCUCAUGGGCUUGCAAGCCGAGGAAUGUGCCCAGGACCAUAGUUUCACCAGGGAGGACCAGGAUAACUAUGCUAUCCGAACAUAUGAAAAAGCCCAGGCUGCCCAGAAGGCCGGGCUUUUCAAUGAUGAAAUUGCGCCGGUCGACCUUCCCGGUUUCAGGGGCAAGCCCGGUGUGACCGUCGCGCAAGACGAGGAGCCCAAAAACCUUAACCCUGACAAGCUCCGAGGCAUCAAGCCCGCCUUCAUUCCCGGUUCUGGAACGGUCACGGCGCCCAACUCGUCUCCACUCAAUGAUGGUGCUGCGGCUGUGGUGUUGGUCUCGGAAGCUAAACUGAAGGAGCUUAAUCUGAAGCCCGUCGCAAAGAUUCUUGGAUGGGGAGACGCUGCUCACCAGCCCAGCAAAUUCACGACUGCUCCAGCCCUUGCUAUCCCCAAGGCUCUCAAACACGCUGGUAUCAGCCAGGAUUCUGUGGAUGCUUUCGAGAUCAACGAGGCGUUUAGUGUCGUUGCUCUUGCCAACAUGAAGCUACUCAACAUUCCGGAAGAGAAGGUGAACGUCCACGGCGGAGCCGUUGCUAUCGGCCACCCCAUCGGAGCUAGCGGUGCUCGCAUCUUGACUACGCUGCUUGGUGUUCUAAAGGCAAAGAACGGCAAGGUUGGCUGCGUCGGAAUUUGCAAUGGUGGAGGAGGUGCCAGUGCCAUGGUUGUUGAGUCGCUGGCGUAA